ACUACUACCGUAAUCUCUAUCAAUGAUUACAGGGCCUUACUCAAGGGUCCAGAAGCGUUGAGGAUUAUCACAAGGAGAUGGAAAUCGCAAUGGUUAGAGCGAAUGUCAAAGAGAAUAGAGAAACAACAAUGGCACGGUUUCUACAUGGUUUAAAUUGUGAUAUAGAUAAUGUGGUGGAACUGCAACAUUAUGUUGAAUUAGAGGAUAUGGUGCACAUGGCAAUGAAAGUAGAAAGGCAACUCAAGCAUAAAGGUGCCACCACCAGAACUGGGAAAAAUCCAGGUUCCUCAUUUUCUUGGAAACCAAAUUGGAGCAAAAAGGAAGAAAAUUCUGCUUUCAAGCCUAAAACUUCAGCAUCUAAGUCAAAAGACAUUGACAGCAGUGAGAAGAGUAAAAUUGACAAAGAUGGAGAAAUUGAAAUUGAGGGUGAGUCUGAUGAUGAAUCUAUGCCACCAUUAGAAGAUGCUAAUGAUGGUGUGGAAUAUGCUGUUGAUGGAGAACUGCUCGUCACCAAGCGAGCUUUGAAUGUGCAAGCCAAAGAAGAUGAUGAAGUACAACAUGACAAUAUAUUUCACACGAGAUGCCAUGUCAAAAACAAGGACUUCAAGGACGUGUUUCCAGAAGACAUCCCUAAUGGUUUACCACCAAUAAGAGGAAUUGAGCAUCAGAUUGACUUCAUUCCAAGUGCAACAAUUCCGAACCGACCAGCAUAUCGAAGCAACCCCAAUGAGACGAAAGAACUUCAAAAGCAGGUUGAAGAACUCAUGAAGAAGGGGCAUGUGAGAGAAAGCAUGAGUUCAUGUGCAGUUCCAGUGCUACUUGUGCCUAAGAAGGAUGAGACUUGGUGUAUGUGCGUUGAUUGUUGCGCUGUCAACAAAAUCACUGUAAAGUAUCGUCACCCUAUUCCUAGAUUAGAUGACAUGUUAGAUGAACUGCAUGGUUCUUGCAUAUUCACUAAAAUUGAUUUAAAGAAUGGGUAUCAUCAGAUUAGGAUGAAGGAAGGCGAUGAUUUGAGGACAAAUCGUUUUGAGGAGAGAGGGAAUGAUGGGAAUCAAAACGACAGCAUAUCUACUACGUCAUGUGAUCCAUUACACACCCAAGUAGGUCCAGUCACGCAAGCUAGAGCUAAGAAGAUGCGUGAAUCUUUAAAUGGCCUUAUUGAGCAGAUCUGGGUUGAAAACAACAUACAAUAAGCAAAUCGAAGCUUGGAUGAUUAUCAAGGCAUGGUAAACAUCAUUUAGGUUCAAGAGAAGCUUAGUUGAGGUCAUUUACACAGAAUUACACAGUUUGCAUCAAAAUCGCACAAUUUUGCCGCAAUUUGUAGCAAAUUGAUAUUUCAUGUUAUUUUAGGUUAUUUUUAGUUAGUUUCAAGUUUUUUCUAUUAUUUUUGGGCUGAACAUUCGCUUAUUUGAAACCCAAUUUGUGGUUAUUAGGUUUAGGACUUAGGGUGUUAGUUUCCUAUUCUGAUUAGGAUUCGUUUUCUCUAAUUAAAAGGCUUGUAAUAGGGAGGAGGCUGUUGCAUUUGAGAUUUUGAGAGACUUUUCUCUUUGGUUCGUUUCAGAACUUUACAAAACUUAUCAAGAUUAUUCUUGUGGCGUUUUAACCUGACUUAUCAUUCUCGUUCUUAAUCGCUCGAGGGUGUGGCGUCAAUCAACUUUAUACCUCUAG